GUAUACGGUACGUGGUAGGCCUACUGUCCAGAUUCACCCGAUUCUACCUAAAAUCUUGCCAGUGCUGUUGAAACGUCUCUCUUUCUGUCUUCUUGGAUUUACGGCUGACCCUCCGUUCACCCGUGGGACCUGAAUCAAAAGCACGUGCCGACAUUUUUUUCGCGGAAGCAACAACACAACAGGUCUACUAUGGCAGAUAACAAUAGCAUGGCAGCAUUGCAAUCUACAAAGUUUCCUACAUGCUCAAAAUGCAUGAACAGAGGUUGCGGUCUAAAGUUGAAUUGCAUCCAUUCGAUUUGUCUACAAUGUCUUCAAAGCUUGUACAUCGAUGACCAGUUCAUCAACUGUAAUCUUUGUCAAGAGGACAAGGGUCCAAAAGAAUGUAUUUCUACUGAGCAUUCAGUUCUCGAUGCAUGUAAUGUUGCAGAUCAUGUAUUGAUUAAUGAGGAAUUUGUUGUUAAAUUAACGACAAAAAGUCACUUCCGCAAUACAGAGUACUAUGAGGAUUUGAAGAUAACAUGCAAGGUAACGUUACCCUCAUCAGAUCCAGUAGUUGAGAAAUAUUUCAGUGUUAAGGACCAUGAGAAUGGGACUUGCAGUCUUUCUGGACGCUGUGGUGUGGUCGGUGAAUGGGAGCUGUGGUGUUAUGUAAAUGAUGUGAAAAUCAGGCAGUCACCCUUGAAAGUAAAUGUAGUCAAGGGAGGUUUAGAGGACAAUCCACAUUUAUUCAGAGAGAGAAGGAAUGCCACUGCUGGUAUGUAUAUGUUUGAUAUAGUUGGUGACACAAUUUAUGCUUGUGGAGGGGAUAAUGAAAUUGCAAAAUUCACAGUAAAAGGGAAACUCGUAAGCACAAUAUAUGGCCCUGGAUCCUGCCAUUUUACAAGUUUAUGCUGUGCAAAUGUAGAGGGCGUAUUGUCGAUCGUGUGCUAUGAUGCAUCUACAAAAAUACUUAUGAUUUACAAGAAAGAUAACUGGCAUAAUUGGCAAGACGCUAAGAUCGAGUCUGUUGCUGGUAAAAUGACGUCACAUGAUAAUAGGAUCUAUGUUCCUGAUUUUGGGAAAAAUUGUGUAUUGUGUUUUUCUAUUGAAGGCAAAUUGAUAGAAAAGAUAGAAGAUGUACAUUAUAAGACAGUGUCCUUAACAAAACCAAUUGGUGUCGCUAUCACAAAGAAAGGAGAUAUGUUAGUCCUUUUAUUUAGCAACUCUCAGGUUGUACAGUUUGACAACGAUAAUCGUAAACCUACAAUUUUGUUAAAAAAUACCAAGGAUGAACAACUGUUAUUCAAACCACUUGCUAUUGCCAUUGAUGAACGUGGCCAAAUCAUCAUUGGUUCACAGAAAAAGCUACUGCUGUUUAGUAAAGAAGGGAAAUUUAUUAAGCACAUUGAAAAAAUACAGCAACAUCUCCCGGAAUAUCCAUAUUGUAUUUUUAGCAAAAAUAGACGCGUUUGGGUUGCAGAUAAACACGAUUCUUCCCUCCGGAUCUACAAUUAUUGAAAACAUUCAAUAACACUCUACCAUUCAGUGAAAAAAAUAAUUUGUUCAUUAUAGGUCUGCUAAAAAAUGUAACUGUAGAGUAUAUUAUAACAAAUUAGAAAGAGUAUUAUAUAAGGGCCUAGUGAUAACUUUCAAUAUCUUAUAUUAAAAUGUAAAAAUAGUACAAUACAAAUACAAAAGCGUAGUCAUUUCCGACUAAAGUGAAUGAAGACAUGUGAUUCGUCUGAUAGUUGGAAAGGAAAAUAUUCUCUGACUCUAAUUUUUAAUUGUAUUCAUAAGUUAAGCGAAAUACUGAUUUGAUUAGCUUGAUGUAAAAAGUAUGUAGCAACAUAAACCAUGAAGAAAAGUAUGUAAAAUAAACUAGUAGCCUAAGUAUAAACGAUUAUACUAUUAUAUUGUAAAUACCAAAACAUUGUAGCGAGAAAAGACAGUAAAAUCACUAAAAAAAAAGAUUUUUUUUUAUAGAAAAAGUGCACAUAUAGGGCCUACAUUACUCUAAUUAUUAUAAACCAUAGAAAAAUUUUAGAGUACAUUUUAGUUUUUUGCAAAAGAAUAAAAUCUCCAAUUUCUCAUAGGAGAUUACUCUUUUCUCGACGACUUCUUCGUUACUAGGCAAAUUGUAUCCGACUGCUGGAAUGCCCUCGUUUUUGUGUAUACUGCAGUCAGAGCUACAGUCAAUAAAGCGCGCCCUCUCUAAUGAGAUUCGUUUUUGUACUUCGAAUCUCGUACACUGCGGUCGAUCGAGUAAGCCAUGUUUGUUUAAUUGUCAAAAUCUCGGUCAGAAUAAUUUUUAAAACAAAUUUGAAAUAUUCCUAUGAAAUGUUAUAUUUCACAAGUGUCAAUACUAGUAACGGAACUUAA